UGUGAAUAAUAGACCAUUCUCCCCGGCUGUAGUGUUGCCAUGGCGGCAGAAAAACGAACCGGGGUGUCAUGCGAAGGCGUCCGGCGGGUUUCGCAGCUGAAUUCUCCCCGGGCACCUGAAGCCAUCCCAGCUCUGUACGAUGGCUCAUCAUAAGCUGCCGCUGUUGCUGAUUCUGCACUUUGCCGCGUCGCUCGGUCAGGGGCAGAAGAGCAUGCCGCGGAUUAUCGGCGGCUAUAGCGUCUCUCCAUAUUCCACGCGCUACCUGGUGUCCCUGAAGAGGAAUACGGGGCUACACUUCUGCGGGGGGUCCUUAGUCAGCCGCUUCUGGGUCCUCACUGCCGCCCACUGCAAGACAGAGCAGAAACAGAUGCUGAUAGUGGCCGGGGAAUAUUCCCUCUCUACGCUGGAAGGGACAGAACAGAUCUUUCGCCCGGUGAAGCUGGUGGCUCAUCCCGAAUACAGUUCAUCCUCCAAGAACGCGGACAUCAUGCUGAUAAAGCUGAACCGCCCGGCCAUGUACAAUUCCUUUGUGUCCAUACUGCCACUCCCAGCUCAGGGGGUAUCACCGAGUGCGGGGUGUCUGUGCCAGGUGUCCGGCUGGGGCUAUACCAGCACUACAGGUGGCAAAGCCUCAGACACCCUGCGGAGUGUGAAACUGCCCAUCGUGUCUGCCCGGAGGUGUAACAGCUCCUCCUCGUACUCAGGGCACAUCACCAGCAACAUGAUCUGUGCAGGCUUCACCAAUGGAGGAAAGGACGCCUGUCAGGGGGACUCUGGGGGGCCCUUGGUGUGCGAUGGGAGAGUUUUUGGGAUUGUAUCCUGGGGACACAGUUGUGCAAACCCCAAAUACCCCGGAGUGUACACAGCGGUCGCCAACUUUCAGAAGUGGAUAUACAGGACAAUAUUUUAAGGAUUGCAGAUUUUGGUCCCUGGGACCCUGUGAGGUGUGCCGGCCUGGAAAGUGAACACGAGGGGUCAGAAAUCUGGAGUCCACCCCCUACCACUCCUUAAUGGGUGUAUGUGAAAUGUUUUCUUCUAGGUGCUUCCUCAUUAUGUAUAGAAGAAUUCUGAGGUUCCCGGGCAAAAGGCUUCUGUACCCCAAGUCUCAGCUGUGUAAAGAUUGUAUUUCUGAAUAAA